CAAGGUGACAUCUGGAAAAAUAAAAGGUCAGGAGAGGCCAAUGCCCCCACUGGCCACCAUCCAGCCCAAAACGGCAAGACGGAGCCAGCCGCCCAGGGGAACUUCCAGCCUGAUGGGACUCCGCGUAGCCAGCCCUCAGCUGCUCAGGAUACAGCCCCUCAUGAGAACUGGGUCAGAGCUGUGCUUCCGGAGUGACUUGCCUCAGCCUCCUGCUCAGGUGUUUGUACAGAGGCCACUGCCUGCCCUCCAACCAGUCCCUGCAAAGAGUGGCGUGGCCUCCGAGGCUCCAGGCGGCCAGGGCUCCCUGGCGACCCCUUUGCUGGCUUCUCACUCAACACUAGCAACGUCGGUUUCAUCCAGCUCAGCACAUUUAUUGGUUCCCAGCUCGCAUACAAAACAUACCGAGAAACUAAAGAAAUCUUUAAAAGUGAAGACACGUUCUGGACGGAUAUCUCGACCUCCCAAGUACAAGGCUAAAGAUUAUAAAUUCAUAAAAACAGAGGAUUUGGCAGAUGGUCAUCCAUCAGAUUCUGAUGAUUAUUCGGAACUGAGUGUGGAAGAAGACGAAGACCAGAGGGAGAAGCAGGCGCUCUUUGACUUGUCAAGUUGCUCCCUGAAGCCCAAGACUUUCAAGUGUCAGACUUGUGAAAAGUCAUACAUAGGAAAGGGGGGACUGGCCCGGCAUUUUAAGCUUAAUCCAGGCCAUGGCCAGCUGGACCCUGAGGUGCUGCUGUCUGAGAAGGCCAGUGGGCAUGUGGUCAGGGGGCGUGUGGAAGAAGGGACCCUCAGCCUGGCUUCCCAGGAGCUGUCCACAUCAGCUGCUCUACGUGAUGGCGGGGCCUGCUCCCACUGUACCACAGGGUUGGAGUCAGCAUGGGGUGGCCUGCAGAAUGGCCAGUCUGUGGAAGUUGAAGAGACGUUGCUGUCUGAACUAGAAAGUGGAAAUUACUCGGCUCUUUUGGGAUCAGAGAGACACCUGGGACCUAGAAGCAGCAGAUACCCUGAGACCUCUGCAGAGCCCAGCCCACUCAUCCUCCAGCAGAGAAGGGAGGCCCAGCCACUGGAGGCCUCUGAUGCGGCAGGGGGACAGAGGUCAUCCAGGAGUACAGCUAUACUCAAGGAGCUUCUCCAGCAGUGUGACCGGGAAGACCUGGUGGAAUUGGCGCUCCCUCCACUGGCGCAGGUCCUGACCGUGUAUGAGUUUCUUCUGAUGAAGGUUGAAAAAGGUCAAAUAGCAAAGCCUUUUUUCCCAGCCGUAUAUAAGGAAUUUGAAGAGUUGCAUAAAAUGGUUAAGAAACUGUGUCAAGAUUACCUCAGUAGUUCUGGCCCAUGCUCUCAGGAGCACCUGGAAAUAAGCAAUAAUAAGGUUGCUGAGUCACUAGGAAUCACAGAAGAAUUCCUGAGGAAGAAAAAAAUACAGUCAGACUGCAUUCCACCUGAGAGCCCCAGCAUAGAGAUGGAUGGGGAGCACCUAGAGGAAGCUGGCAGAAAGAAGAGGGAAAAUGAGGCUGCAGAGAAGGGGCUGGCCUCAGUGAAGAGGACCAGAAGAGAAGCUCUGCCCACAGACACCACUGAAUCUCUUGCUGCUGACAGCGGAGGCCAGGAGGAGCCCAGGCCCUUGCAGGCUCUGGCUGUCAGUGAGGGUGUGGUCCCUCUAGUAAAUGGGCGCACCUCUGCCCCGUCUGAAGAAAACCACAUGGCCACAGCUUCUGGUGGCAAUGGGAGCGAGCUGUGUGCAGGCCAGCAGCUCCAGGCCUUUGCUGACUUGGAAGCCAGGAGUAGGCCUGCAGGUAUGGCUGCCUCAUGUCGGGACGUCAGCCGGCCGGUUCUAUAUCCUCAGUUAGGAGAGCCCGGGAGACUGACGCAUGCGCAGGUGACAGCAUUCCCCGGGGACAACGCUCCAGAACACUCUUCAUACCAGGAUGCUGGGGACAGCCUGAGGAGGCCGCGUGUCUGCAGCACCUUGCCAUCCGGUGGAGGAGGAGCAGAGACCAUGCUGCUUGGUGGGUCUGGAAGCACAGAGGCAGGAAGCCUCUUUGCUGUGUGCGACUCCCACCCAAGCUGCCAACAGCCCAGCUCCCACGACAUGCUGCCUUCAGGCCUUGCCACACUUCCACUUGAGAAUUUGUCCAUGGAUAGCACACCACGGGACUGUGCCUGCAGGAUUGUAUCCAAGCUGGGGCCUCAGCCUGGCCCAGAUGGAUCACUGUCUACUGAAGGAGGGCCCAGAAGCCCCACGGGGGGCUUGAGCCAGUUUCCCUGUGGGAUGGAGGUGCAUGCUGGCCAGAGAGAACCAGAGAGCGUGGUGGCUGUGGGUGAAGCCAUGGCUUUUGAAAUUGCCAAUGGGUGCCAUGAGUUAUUGUCUCAGGGACAGGAGCAGAUUUUUAUUCGGACUUCCGAUGGGCUUAUCUUGUCCCAUCCAGAUACAGUUGUGUCUCAGGAGGAGGAUAUUGUCAUAGUGGCCAACGCAGAGGGGUCUGCCCUGCAGAUGGCCCCACCAGGAGUUCCUUUCGAAACCAUGGAGUCGUUCUUCACCUUGGAGGCAGAGCCCUCAUAGUGAAAAGGAGUCAGAUCCUAGAUCUGUACGUAUUUCAUCCAAAGAAGGUCUCUUAAAAGCAGCCUAUAUUUUUCUAAUGUGAGUACUGAUGCAAAGGAACCUUUUAUUUAUAAAGAAUAAUGUCUUUUUACCUUA